CCGCCGUGGGCGCGUCCGUUGGGGACCGCGUACGGGAGCGCGCCUGCGCACUGAGACCCUUACCCUAACUGCAGCCGCGCGCCCCAAAGGGUGGCUGUGGGGGGGCUCUCGCGCUCCCACACACCCACACUCAGCCAGGGCUCCCGGGAGGUGGGGGGGAGGGAAAUGAGGAAAAAGAGAAAGGGAAGGGGGAAGAAGGUAGAGGGAAGAGGGCGCAGCUGGCAUGAGCCGGGAGACUACCCCCAGCGCGGACACUUCCUAUUGUUACUAGGAAACAGGAAGUGUCCUAGGUGCAAAAGCUUCCCCCGCGAAACUUCCGCCUCCGGAGCACUUCCUGUCCCGCCUCCAAGCCGCCUUUUCAUACAGACAUUUCCGGUGCCAGGCUCUAGCCCUAAACGACUCUGGCUCCGCCUAUUAAGGUCACAUGGCCGCAAAUAUACGCCCUAUCUUAGCCACACUUCCGGCAAGAGCUGUAAAACUCUGGUGCAGGUUGAAUAGGCGCAGAAGAGGGAAAAAUAUCUUGCAGGCCUGGCCACAGUACUUUGGUGACACUUUUUGUGAGGGUCCCUCCAAGACUCUUCCCCAGACAGAUGGGGAAAACUUCAUUAAAUCCACUCCUCGCUGUUAAAGGAAACAUGGACUAUAAGAGGAUUUAGGUACUACGAAGCUUGAGCACGACCUUCUGUUCUCCCACUUUCUCGUUCUUGGAGACGCUUCCGGUGACCCAGCCCCAGACUAGCACUAGCCCGGUGUAUGCCGCCAACCUGUCCGGCGUCCCCUCCCCUUAGCACCCACAGAGACCUCUUGCAAGUUGUUCUCCGCCACCACAGCUAGAGGCUCCCCCCUAAACUUUUCCUUCCCUUCCAGCCGGGAAAGGUUCCUUCCACUUCCGCUCGCUGCCCGCCGGCCCCGCCUCCUCUGCCCCCCGCUGGGUCCUAGCGCCGGCCCCUCUCUGGCAGCGUCCUGGGCUCCAUCCGUGUGAGAAGCCGACGCCGACGCCAGCGAACCAGCUCAAGUCCGAGCAGAGGAGUCCCGCCUACCAAGGCCAUGGAGGUGGAGGCCGCGGAGGCCCGGUCCCCAGCUCCAGGCUACAAGCGCUCCGGCCGCCGCUACAAGUGCCUGUCUUGUACCAAGACAUUUCCAAAUGCGCCCCGGGCUGCACGCCAUGCUGCCACACACGGGCCUGCAGACUGCUCAGAGGAGGUGACCGAGAAGCCAAAGCCAGAGACAGAACCCAAGACGGAGGAAGCCAGUGGGGACAAGGUGUCGGGUUCCGCGGCGAAGCCCAGGCCUUACGCGUGCCCGCUGUGCCCCAAGGCCUACAAGACGGCACCCGAGCUGCGCAGCCACGGGCGCAGCCACACCGGAGAGAAGCCCUUCCCGUGCCCCGAGUGCGGCCGCCGCUUCAUGCAGCCCGUGUGCCUGCGCGUGCACCUGGCCUCGCACGCGGGCGAGCUGCCCUUCCGCUGCGCGCACUGCCCCAAGGCUUACGGCGCGCUCUCCAAGCUCAAGAUCCACCAGCGCGGCCACACGGGCGAGCGGCCCUACGCCUGCGCCGACUGCGGCAAGAGCUUCGCCGACCCUUCGGUGUUCCGCAAGCACCGGCGCACUCACGCAGGUCUGCGGCCCUACGGCUGCGAGCGCUGCGGCAAGGCCUACGCCGAGCUCAAGGACCUCCGCAACCACGAGCGGUCCCACACUGGAGAGCGCCCCUUCCUCUGCUCCGAGUGCGGGAAGAGCUUUUCCCGCUCGUCCUCGCUCACGUGCCACCAGCGCAUCCACGCGGCGCAGAAGCCUUACCGCUGUCCAGCCUGUGGCAAGGGCUUCACGCAGCUCAGCUCCUACCAGAGCCACGAGCGCACGCACUCGGGUGAGAAGCCCUUCUUGUGCCCGCGCUGCGGCCGCAUGUUCUCCGACCCCUCGAGCUUCCGGCGCCACCAGCGGGCACACGAGGGCGUGAAGCCUUACCGCUGCGAGAAGUGCGGCAAGGACUUCCGACAGCCGGCCGACCUGGCCAUGCACCGGCGGGUGCACACGGGCGACCGGCCGUUCAAGUGCCUGCAGUGCGACAAGACGUUCGUGGCGUCCUGGGACCUCAAGCGGCACGCGUUGGUGCACUCCGGCCAGCGGCCCUUCCGCUGCGAGGAGUGCGGGCGAGCCUUCGCCGAGCGCGCCAGCCUCACGAAGCACAGCCGGGUGCACUCGGGCGAGCGCCCCUUCCACUGUAACGCCUGCGGGAAGUCCUUCGUGGUGUCCUCCAGCCUGAGGAAGCACGAGCGGACCCAUCGAAGCAGCGAGGCCGCAGGGGCUCCCCAACAGCAGGAGCUGGUCGUGGGCCUGGCGCUGCCUGUGGGUGUGGCGGGCGAGGGCUCCGCCGCCCCGGCCGCAGGCGCAGGGCUGGGGGAUCCUCCGGCGGGGCUGCUGGGGCUGCCCCCCGAGGCAGGCGGCGUGAUGGCCACACAGUGGCAAGUGGUGGGCAUGACGGUGGAGCACGUGGAGUGCCAGGAUGCCGGUGUUGGGGAGGCUCCUGGUCCCCUGGGGGGGGCGGGCGAGGUUGGCGGGGAGGAGGCUGAUGAGAAGCCACCACAGUUUGUGUGCCGCGAGUGCAAGGAGACCUUCGCCACGCUGACGUUGCUGCGUCGGCACGAGCGCUCACACCCGGAGCUUCGGCCCUUUCCCUGCACCCAGUGCGGCAAGAGCUUCUCAGACCGGGCUGGGCUGCGCAAGCACAGCCGCACCCACAGCUCUGUGCGCCCCUACACCUGUCCCCACUGCCCUAAGGCCUUCUUGAGCGCCAGUGACCUGCGCAAGCACGAACGCACCCACCCUGUGCCCAUGGGAACCCCCACGCCCCUGGAGCCCCUCGUGGCUUUGCUAGGAAUGCCUGAAGAGGGGCCCGCCUGAAGCCCAUUCCCUCCUCCACCACAAUCCAAGAGGCGGGUCCCCACAGGGUGCCCCCUGAAUCUCCUCUUGCCCCAUCUCACUCUUUAGACUCCAGAUCCCUGCCCCUAGACAACUAGCUCACCCGUCGCCCAGCCAGAAGAAUUGGGACACUGGAGACUGGCAGCUGCUGUGAGAGACACGAUUCUCUCCGAGCAACACUCAUUAAAGCUUUCACUUUGGCA